GCGAGCAGGUGAGAGAACACGGGUGCCAGGAGCCCCGGCGCCGUGUCCUCUUCCAUUGUGCUCUCCUGGAGCGUGUGGCACGGAACUGGACAUGGAGCCACAGCAGAGGUCCCCCUUGUUGGAAGUGAGGGGGAACGUAGAGCUGAAGAGGCCCCUGGUCAAGGCUCCUUCUCGCCUGCCUCUCCCGGGAACCAGGUUUAAGAGGGGACCUGACCGGAUGGAGGAUGCCUUGGAGCCAGAGAAGAAAAGGACACGAGGACUGGACACAGUGACCAAAAUCGCCACGUCACACCCCAGACCACCAGCCCUCACUGUGAGGCCACAGACACAAAACCAGACCACAGUCCCCAAAGUUCCCAAGAAGACAGGACCCCGCUGUUCCACAGCUAUAGGCACAGUGUUGAAGAAACAGAAACCAGACCCUGCCGUUCCUGCCCAGAAGCCUGGAGCAGCUGCCCCUCCCACGCUGGGAGGGAAGAAACCCACCAAACGUCCAGCCUGGGACUUAAAGGGUCAGUUAUGUGACCUAAAUGCCGAGCUGAAGUGCUGCCGGGAGAGGACUCAGACACUGAACCAGGAGAACCAGCAACUGCAGGACCAGCUCAAGGAGGCCCAGCAACAGGCCAGGGUCCUGGGGGCAGAGUGCAGGACACUGGAAGGGGAGUUGGCCAGGGUGCAAGCCCAGGCUGAGCAGGGCCAGCAGGAGCUGGGGAACCUCAGGGCCCGUGUCCUGGAGCUGGAAGAGCAGCUGGGCACACAGCAGGGCUUGGUGCAAGAGCUCCAGAAAGAACAAGUGGGAUUACAGGAGGAGCGAAGGGGACUGGCUGCCCGGCUGGAGGAGCAGGAGAGGAGGCUGCAGGCGUCGGAAAUGGCUCUGUCGGGCAGCCAAGCGGAGGUGGCAUCUCUGCGACAGGAGGCUGCCACCCAGGCGACCUUACUGGUGGCACAAGGAGAACGUCUCCAUGGGCUAGAGAUGGAGCGCCGGCGACUGCACAACCAGCUGCAGGAACUCAAAGGCAAUAUCCGUGUGUUCUGCCGGGUGCGCCCUGUCCUUCCGGGGGAGCCCACCCCAUCCCCGGGCUUCCUCCUGUUUCCCUCUGGCCCCGGUGGGUCCUCGGAUCCUCCAACCCGCCUCAGCGUCUCCCGGUCUGACGAGCGUCGUGGGACCCUGAGUGGGACGCCAGCCCCCACCACCCGCCACGACUUCUCCUUUGACCGGGUUUUUCCACCCGGGAGCGGGCAGGACCAAGUGUUUGAGGAGAUCGCCAUGCUUGUCCAGUCAGCCCUGGAUGGCUACCCAGUAUGCAUCUUUGCCUACGGCCAGACAGGCAGUGGCAAGACCUUCACCAUGGAGGGCGGGCCUGGGGGAGACCCCCAGGUGGAGGGCCUGAUCCCUCGGGCCCUGCGGCACCUUUUCUCCGUGGCCCAGGAGCUGGGCGGCCAGGGCUGGACCUACAGCUUUGUGGCAAGCUACGUAGAGAUCUACAAUGAGACUGUCCGAGACCUGCUGGCCACGGGGACCCGGAAGGGCCAGGGCAGUGAGUGUGAGAUUCGCCGGGCAGGGCCAGGGAGUGAGGAACUUACUGUCACCAAUGCCCGAUAUGUUCCUGUCUCCUGUGAGAAAGAGGUGGAGGCCCUGCUCCAGCUGGCCCGCCAGAACCGGGCAGUGGCCCGCACGUCCCAAAACGAGCGAUCAUCACGUAGUCACAGUGUGUUCCAGCUACAGAUCUCUGGGGAGCAUGCUGGACGAGGCCUGCAGUGUGCGGCUCCCCUCAGCCUUGUGGACCUGGCUGGGAGUGAGCGGUUAGACCCUGGCUUAGCCCUUGGCCCUGGGGAACGGGAACGCCUUCGGGAAACACAAGCCAUUAACAGCAGCCUAUCCACCCUGGGGCUGGUCAUCAUGGCCUUGAGUAACAAGGAGUCCCACGUUCCUUACCGGAACAGCAAGCUCACCUACCUGCUGCAGAACUCUCUGGGUGGCAGUGCUAAGAUGCUCAUGUUCGUGAACAUUUCCCCCCUAGAAGAGAACGUCUCUGAGUCCCUCAACUCCCUACGCUUUGCCUCCAAGGUGCAGUUACCACCAAGCCCAGGCACCGUUAGGACACCUGGGUGGUUGUAGAUGUCUUCAUUCUGACCCUUUAGGAGCCCAUUCAGCCCUUCAGGCCAAGGGCACAUUCAUCUGGAAAGGAUUGCCAGGCAUCUGGGGCGCCACCUCUCUGGAUCCAUUUUUAGCUAUUGGGUCUUGAGGUUUUUUAAUUUUUAAAAAUAGGUAGUUAAAGAGGUCAAAAAUGAAGUUUUACCACUACCCCUGUGCAUCCCAUUCCCCCCACCAGUCCUGGUAGAGGUAGUCGUUUUUAACAUUUAACAUUUUACUUUUUUUUCGGUGUUUCUUCUUGCAAAUAGAAACAAUAUGCAUGUGCUUAUUCCCUCCUCCUUAUACGGAAGCCGUCUCUCUCUCUUUUCAUAUAUGUAUGUUGUUCUGUACUAUGUUCUGCUUAACAAGACAGCCCUGAGAUUACUCCCCACCAGCACACAGAGAUCGUCCAUUAUUUUUAUGUCAACCUGGGACUGCACUCUGUGGCUGCACCAAAGUUUAUCCACCAGUUCCCUCUACUGGACACUUGGAUUGUUUCCACCCUUUUUUCUAUUAUAAACAAGACCAAGUUAACUAACCUUGUCCAUACACGUCAUUUUGUAUUUGUGUAGUUCCAUCUAAGUAGGAAAGCUUCUUAGCAGUGGGAUCGCUGGAUCAGAAGAGACUUAGUUGCAGGUUCCUGGGUGGCUCAGUCAGUUCAGUGUCCAUCUCUCAAUUUCAAUUCAGGUCAUGAUCUCAGUGUU